UCCGCCUGUCCAUCCGCUGCUCGCCGGUCUGGAGUUGCGUUCAGGGAAGCGAAGCGUCAUUCUCCUCCUUUUCUUCGAUCCAGGGCGCGCGCAUCACUGCCAAGACGCGACAACCAGAAGUUCACCCCUUUGCUUCGUUACUACGUGGGUCUCCUUCCUUCGACCCAGUUUCGUUUUCUCCUCUAGGCAACGCUCCUUUCCCCGCUUUUCUUGUUCUGGCUCGAGUCUCCAGCCGUGGCGUGGCGGACGGGCCAACACUCUGGGCGUAGACUUCGCUAGUCUCUCCGCUGCACUGACUGACCAACCCUCAGUGUCUUCAGAUUGUCUCUGGAGCUGCAGCCGUCCUGUGAGAGCGAGGUCAACUAGCCCUGUCCCUGCAGAGACGGAACACCACCAUUCCAAGGGGAGAUGAAGCCGGAUGGGGUUGCCACGGCAGCACUGGAGCCAGUGGAAACACUGGAAUCUAAUCCAGUAAAUGAGGCAGCAGCCCCUGCAGGGCAGGAGCCCAACCCUGCAACCGCUGCAGUGGAGGAGGCCAUGCCUGUCGCAGAGAUGAGUCAGGCAGAGCCGCGGUCAGACCAGCCCAAGGAAACUCCAGGUGCUAAGACCAGCAUUACGGCCUCAGGAGACACCAAGGCCAAAACUACCAAUAAGGUCACGAUUAAGACAAAAGGCAACGCCACCAACGCACCCAAGACUUCAUCUGGUCCGCGGUCCACCACAUCCCAGGGCCGCCUCUCAAAUGGCACAUCUAAGCCUCAAACUAACGGUGUAGCAAAGAAGACUACGCCUGCUGCAGAAAAAAAGAGCCCCCCGACCUCUGCUUCCUCCAGAAAACCAGCAGCUACAGCCGGGGCCCCAGCCUCCAAGAGCACCACUAAAGUGGGUGAGAAGAAAGCCCCAGGGGUUAGUCCUUACAUCAACAGUACAAAGUCUUCAACUGGAGCACCAGCAGCUAAAAAGACCCCGUCCUCCACCGCUAAUGGUGUCAAACCAAGCCCCACUGGAGCUGCAGCUAAAAAGCCUCCAGCGGCUAAGCCUGCCGGUGCAGCUCCCUCCAAGACGACUGCUGCCUCCUCAACCAAACCUGAUAAGCCUCCCGUUUCCAAGACAAGCAGGCCCACGGUCGGCACGUCGGUAUCGUCUCGCCCUGCUACCGCCUCAUCUCAUUCAGCGGGCGCAACCAAGAACUCCACAGCUGCAUCCAAAACGGCCACCCCUAAAACGACCUCCACCACCACCAAGACUGCUACUCCCAAGUCAACAUCCACUGCACCCUCUGGUGGCAAACCUCCAGUAUCACAAACAUCAAGAAACACAACCCCAGUGAAAAAAGAUCUUACCAAACCAGCCACUCCAGGAUCCAAAAAGCUUGCAGACUCCCCKCUUUCUCGUCCUUCUUCUACAACAAAGCCGGCAAAAGCUGAGACCCCCAAACCAUCUUCAAAAACAAAUGUUGCCACCAAAAAACCUACCCCAAAUAAGGAUGCAGAAACAAAAACACCAAAUCGCUCCAAACCACAAGAGAAAAAGUCUACACCUUCUAAGGAUGCMUCCAAACCUGCCACCACAAAAACAGCUAAGACCCCCAGCACUAAGAAAACUGUAGGGAGCAGCACGCCCACUCCUGUGAAACGUGCUCCUAAAGCUGCAACAACUGCUGAACCUGGAAAAGAAGUUGCUGCAGCAGUAGCUGCCGCUGCUGCUGCAGCAACCAUUGCAACUGCAGCUUCUGUGGYUGCAGCUCCAGAGGAGACUCAGCUCCACGCAGGAGAAGCUGCAGAACCRUCCGCUGCUGUUCCUGAAGCCCUGCAAGAGAAAACACCUGAGUCCACAGCCGAACCGGUGUCAGAACCAGUGUGUGAGCCAGCACAGGACAUGAAACAGCCACCAAUACCCCAACCAUUGCAAGAACUCACCCCUGAGCCUGUGAGGGAACCGACACCAGAACCUGUGAGGGAACUGACUCCAGAACCUGUGAGGGA